AUGGGACAAAUCAUCAAAGACUUUUACCUCUUGCGUGCCACCGUCUUCGUUCCGGAUCUCGCCUUACUCUACUUACCGAUACAUUUAUCCAACAAUCGUGUCUUGACUUUCCGACCUCGUUCGGGCGCAAGACUUCCCAUCACCCCGACAUACCCAUUUCUCAUCUUCUCCUUCUCUCAAUACCGUGCCGUACCUGGCGGUUUCACUUCUGGGAUCCAUGCCGACUGGAAUGCCGACUCAGGGACGACACCGACGACUGCGAAGUGUAAUACUUGCCCCCCUGUGCCCACUGCCGCAUAUCAAACGAAUUUAGUGGAGAAACCUCAUAGCUUGGCGAAGGGGCAUGAUUCGACUUUGAUCCUGGUUUCGAGCCCGACUGUGACUGAGGCCGAGAUUGCGCUUGAGAUCCAUGUUGGCGAUGACCUCCAGCUUGUGGCUGAGGAUGUCCUUGAGUUUCAGGCUGGAUUAGAGGGAGACCGCAGUGUCGACAACGCGGGUCGUUUCCGGACUUAG